AUGCUGGACGCUUUCGAGAUCAUAACAACGUCCGGCAUCGUGCUCUGGCGCAAACACUACACCCCGCUCCAGCCCAAACUGAUCAACAGCUUGAUCAGCGAUGUCUUCAUUGAGGAACGACAGAAAUCGGCAGAGGGAGACAGCACAGUACCGACGUACAGGAAGGAUAAAUACACCCUGCGGUAUACUACAGCGAAAACAGCAAAGGAUGUCGGAUUGAUAUUCGUGGCUGUAUACCAGUCAUUGCUGCAUCUGUCAUGGGUCAAUGAUCUCUUGAUAGCAGUAAGGGGAAUUUUUACAAAGCAGUACAAGGCGGACCUGGACAAUAAGCAUGUCACCAAGAUCGACACACGAGAAUUCGACCAGACAUUCGACGCGCUCGUUCGCAAGCUUGAUACUGGUACGUCGGCGACCGACGACAGCGAGCAUCCGCCUCCUCCACCCAUACCACAAUUCAAAAAGCCUGCAGCGCCUCGAGAUGUGGUCGUAGACGACACGACGAGUGCAGAUGUCACUCCAGUCGCCACACCCGAUACUUCGAGACCGACUACGCCUCUGCAUGCCCCGUCGCAUCUGCUAGCUGCAAAAGCAGGACCCGGGAAGCAGUCGCGAAGGGCGAGAAAAGCUGCGAACGCCUUCAACACUUCGGCCCCUGCAUCCUCGGGUGAUGAGAGCGACAGAAGACCAAAGAGUAGCAAAGGCAAUGUGAAGUCCAAGCGAAGGUGGGAUGCAGAUGGCUUAGCAGUGGAUGGAGACGAUGAUCAAGUUUUGGAUUACAGUGCCGCAGCCACGCCGAACUUGGAAGAUGAGAAGUCGCUGGACGUCGAUCAUAUCAAGGCAGACCAGAUGGGCAGCAGGACAGGCAAAGGUCAAUUUGUGCUAAAAGAUUUGGACGACGAGGUCAAUGCGAUCUUGGCUGAGUCGAAGCAGCAGCAGGCUGAGGCGAAAGUGGAGAAGCUGGACAGCGGACUCCUUGGCUCAGCGAGCAGCAAGAUCACUGGUCUGUUCAGAAAUGUGGUUGGCGGCAAGACACUCUCGAAAGAGGACCUCAAACAACCACUCCUGCAAAUGCAGAAUCAUCUCCUCGAGAAGAACGUUGCACGCGAAGCUGCAGAGCGACUAUGCGCCAGUGUUGAAGCAGAUCUACUCAAUCAGCGAACAGCUUCCUUCACAUCAAUCGAAAAGACCAUCCACGAGAGCAUGAUCAAAGCCCUGACACGAAUUCUUACACCAAGUACGAGUCUGGAUCUCCUUCGAAAUAUCAACAAGACGAUCGAAGGGCCUAACGCUCGACCAUACGUGAUCUCCAUCGUCGGAGUCAAUGGAGUGGGCAAGUCCACGAAUUUAUCCAAGAUUGCAUACUUCUUGCUACAAAACAACUUUCGUGUGUUGAUAACGGCCUGCGACACAUUCAGAUCUGGCGCAGUGGAACAGCUUCGCGUGCACGUGCGAAAUCUGGAAGAGCUCUCGAGGCGAGAGAAAGUGGGCCAUGUUGAGCUUUUCGAGAAAGGCUACGGCAAAGACGCUGCAGAUGUUGCCAAGCAAGCUGUCACCUUCGCCACAAAUGCCGGCAAGGGCAAUAUGCUUUUCGAUGUUGUGCUCAUUGACACAGCAGGCAGAAGACACAAUGACCAGCGACUCAUGAGUUCGCUGACGAAAUUCGGACAACUUGCAAAUCCAGACAAAAUCUUCAUGGUUGGCGAGGCGCUGGUCGGCACAGAUUCAGUAGCGCAGGCACGACAUUUUGCGGAACAGUUCGUGGACACGAAGGGCGUGCGGAGAAAUGGAGGCGUGGGAAUGGAUGGUUUCAUUAUUUCGAAGUGUGACACCGUUGGAGACAUGGUGGGUACGCUCGUGAGCAUGGUCCACGCGACGGGCAUUCCAGUGGUUUUCCUGGGAGUUGGACAGCACUACGGCGAUCUCAGAGGCCUCAACGUGGAGUGGGCGGUCACGAAGCUCAUGAAGUAG